UCCCUUCCUAGCCCACUCACAGCUUCGGACGAGCUAUCAAUGCCUCGCUCGAUUACAGCUGAGACGCUCAAGAUCACAGCAGGACUUCACCGGCAGGUCUGGGUCAGUGGCAGUAGUAUCUUUGUCGAUGUACACGUUGUCAACAGGUGUCGAAAGCCCGUGAAGAAGUUGGAGCUCACUCUGGAACGCGACAUCCUGUUCUACAAACAUGCAGCAGCGGCCACCUUGGAAAUGUCAGCAGGUCAAGCUCGCAUAUUUGAGAGCAACGAGCAGACAGUCCUGGCCAAAUCGCUUCUGAAGCCCGGUACUGCGGGGUGGCACGGCAUCGAACCAUACAUGUCCGAUACGCGAACGUGCGAGCUCGAACUUCCCCGUGGACAUGGGACUGUCCGGUGUGGUAAGUGGUUCGAAGUGCGAUACUUCUUGAAUGUCGCAGCUUCAGUGGCCAGUUCGAAGCUGGUGUCUGUGCAACUGCCGAUCAUACUGAUACACAUGAACUCCCUGGAUGUGGUGCCGAAUUCAGUGGCCCAAGUAGCUGCUGCCAUCGAAGAGAAGCGUGCUUGCACUCAGAUGGCUCGUUCUCGAUCGAGGCGACAGGAUGCUGGUCAUCAUCGCCAACGAUCAUUCUCUUCGCCUGCCGCUACGAUAGACAUACAAAGGAAGCCAUCGUACGCGCAAGGCCGAGCAUUCGCAGCUCCAAGAAUGCAAUCACUGGACAACCAAUUUGAGCGCAGAGCGGAGAUGGAGGACUUACGUAGUAUCAUUGACGCUUCGCCACGCAAGAACGCUCCGAAACUCAGGAAAGGAGCCGCUAUGGUCCAGGUAGCAAGUAAUUCCAGCUUAGCCAGAAUGGCAUUUGGAAACAGGAGUACGGAGACUCUUGGUGCAUAUGGAGCCAUGUCCUACUCGACUCCUCCAGGUCAGACUGCUGGAGGUCUGACGGGAGAAUGGGACAAUCUGAGAGGUCGAAUCCGAAACAUCAGCAGCUUCGAGACACUGCGCAGUAUGAAAUCU